GGGCACUGGAGAAGUAUGGGAGAGGCAAACCUGAGCCGAGGGAUUGAGUUUGAGCUCCUGGGCUUCACCAGUGACCCCCAGCUCCAGAUGCUGCUCUUCGUGGUGUUCCUGGCCAUGUACAUCAUCACGCUGCUGGGGAAUCUGAUCAUGUUCCUUCUGAUUCACGAGAGUGCCACCCUGCACACACCCAUGUACUCCCUUCUGAAGAGCCUCUCCUUCUUGGAUUUCUGCUACUCCUCCACGGUUGUCCCCCAGGCCCUGGUGAACUUCUUGGCCGAGAGGAAGGUGAUCUCCUAUCCUGGCUGCAUGGCUCAGAUGUUUUUCUAUGCGGGUUUUGCCACCAGCGAGUGCUAUCUCAUUGCCGCCAUGGCCUACGACCGCUAUGCUGCUGUUUGUAACCCCCUGCUCUACCCCAUCACCAUGUCUCCUGAGGUCUGUGCCUCUCUGAUUGUGGGCUCCUACAGUGCAGGAUUUCUCAAUUCUCUAAUCCACACAAGCUGUAUCUUUAGUCUGAAAUUCUGUGGCGCCCAUGUGGUCACUCAUUUCUUCUGUGAUGGACCACCCAUCCUGUCUCUGUCUUGUGUGGACACCUCGCUGUGUGAAAUCCUGCUCUUCAUUUUUGCUGGUUUCAACCUUUUGAGCUGUACCCUCACCAUCUUGGUCUCCUAUCUCUUAAUUCUCAUCACCAUCUUGAGAAUGGACUCAGCCCAGGGCAGAUUCAAGGCCUUCUCUACCUGUGCUUCCCACUUCACUGCUGUGUGCCUCUUCUAUGGCACAACUCUUUUCAUGUACCUGCGCCCCAGGUCCAGCUACUCCCUGACCCAGGACCGCACAGUUGCUGUGAUCCCAAUGCUGAACCCCCUUAUCUAUUCUUUGAGAAACAAAGAUGUGAAAGAAGCUUUAAGAAAGGUUUGGGGCAGAAAAAUAAUGGAAUGA